AUGCCCUUUCUUUCUUUCUUUGAUUCUUUCUUUCUUUCUUUUUUUAUCCUGUCUACAGAUACAUUCUCUUUCUUUCUUUCUUUCUUUCUUUCUUUCUUUCUUUCUUUUUUAACCUGUCUACAGCUUCAUUCUCUUUCUUUCUUGCCUGCUUUCUAUUUAAUCCUGUCUACACAUCUAUUCCCUUUCUUUCUUUUUUAUGCAGGUGCAGAUACAUUCUAUUUCUUUCAUUCUUUCUUUCUUUCUUUCAUUCUUUCUUUCUUUCUUUUUAUCCUGUCUCCACAUCAAUUCUCUUUCUUUCUUUCUUUUUUAUCCUGUCUACAGAUGCAUUUUCUUUCUUUCUUUUUAUAUGUGGCUUCACAACUAUUUUCUUUCUUUCUUUCUUUCUUUCUUUCUUUCUUUCUUUCUUUUUAUCCUGUCUACAGAUACAUUCUCUUUCUUUUUUUCUUUCUUUCUUUUUUAAACGGUCUACAGAUUCAUUCUCUUUCUUUCUUUUUUAACCGGUAUACACAUCUAUUCCCUUUCUUUCUUUUUUAUGCAGUUACAGAUACAUUCUAUUUCUUUCAUUCUUUCUUUCUUUCUUUUUAUCCUGUCUCCACAUCAGUUCUCUUUCUUUCUUUCUUUUUUAUCCUCUCUACAGAUGCAUUCACUUUCUUUCUUUCUGUCUUCCUUUCUUUCUUUCUUUUUUAA